AUGGGAAGUAGAUGCGUUGUCACGACUGACCCUGAGAAGUACAGCAAAGAAGUUAUUACUCUAGCAAUGUGCAUCUCCUCGGAGCUCUUAGCAGGUUUUAAUACUUUAGACUGGGGAAAAAAUGGUUUAGCAUCAUCACUGGGUGAUACCAUUUUUAUAUGGAAUGGAUCAAAAGAGAUUCAGAAAAUUACAGCUUUUGACGAAACAAAUCAAGGAAUGUUUGCCACAGCACUGAAGUGGAGUAAGAGCGGUAAUCAUCUCGCAAUAGGAAUAGAGAGAUCCUGUAUUCAGGUGUGGAAUGCAACAUCACUUAAGAAAGUACAAGAAAUGUGGUGUACAUGUGCAGCCAGUAGUGGCUGUGUAAUAGCAGCUCUUGAAUGGCAUCCAAGGGAGAACAUUUUGUCAUAUGCAUGGCAUCCAUGGGAUUCAUCACUGAUUGUAACAGCAGGUAUCACAGAUGAAGGUGACUUGUAUCUUUGGAACAUUGAAAAAGUCAGUAUUGUAGCAAAAUAUACAGCUGGAGAUGGAUAUUUAUCAAAGGUUAUAGCCUUAACUUGGAGUCCUGUUACUGCUGAACUUGUAGUGAGCAUGCAAGUAGAUCGUAACUCAAAUGAUGCAGAUGAUGUCUGGAAGACUGAAAUAUUGGUACUUGCUAGUCUUACUAAGGUUGUCGACAAACUUGACAUGGAAGGUACUCACUGUCAUAGUCCAUACCUUUUGUGGAGUCCUGAUGGACAUGACAUUGCCACUGCCAGCUCUGAUGAGACACUGCGAAUCUGGAAUUUUCUUGGUGUGGAAAAAAAGAGAUGCCCAUUCCCACCUUGCUGA